CUCGUUUUCGCCAUGUUCUCAGGGCUAGGCUAUAGUGUUCGGUCCCUGACAAGAACAGAGGAGAGGCGAGGUGGAGAGGGGUGGGAGGGUUUCGGUGAAGCUUGAUCACAGUGCGCCCAUACACACUCAUCCCAAAACAUUUAACAAGAUCAUCAGCCAUCUGUUCGGACCAGGAAAUACAAAAUCAAAUCAGAAGCACGUACGCACCAAGUCAUUCCCAGAGUCCGAUUCGUACACCUAUGCAUAUGUUUUAUAUAACGUAAAAGAGAUUAGAACUCCUCGCCAUCUGGCUGCACUACCUAUUUUUUUCGUGGAAUGAGCCUUCCAUGUGUCAUAUUAGGCAUGAAUGAAGUGAUCUGGCAGGAGACCCGAAUGAUGCAUGCAAAUGGCUCUCAGGAUACUAGUGAUGUCAGCAUGGCUGGAGUUCCAACUGGUAGUGUUGUUGGUGCAGGUAGUGGGCCUGGCCCCAGCCCUGGGUCUGGCCCUAGCCCUGGAACAGGUGUUACAUCUCUUUCACAAGCACUAGGUGGAGAUUCAAGUUUACAUCUCAUGCCUCCAACUGCAAUGACAAAUGUACCAGGAAUGCAACCAGCUCUUAGUGGUCGCUCCCAGGAUGAUGCAACUGUGGGCUACUUCUUCCAGAGGCAGGCUGGAGAGCAAUUAGGUGGUUACAGCAACAAACAUCGCUGGCCAACGGGAGAUACCAUUCAUGUAGAUCAGGCUCGCUCAGUGGAUGAGAUGAACCAUGGCUUCCAAGCUCUUGCACUGGAGUCGAGAGGAAUGGGAGAGCUUUUGCCAACAAAAAAGUUCUGGGAAACAGAUGACUCUACUAAAGAUGGGCAGAAAGGGAUAUUCUUAGCAGAUGGAUGGCGAGACCAUGCAUGGGGAACAUCACAUCACACAGUAUCCCAGCCCAUUAUGGUUCAACGACGGCCUGGACAGAGUUUCCAUGCUAAUGCCGAUGUUCACUCUGUUCUGUCUCCACGGUCUGAAAGUGGAGGUUUGGGAGUCAGCAUGGUGGAGUAUGUUCUCAGCUCUUCCCCAGGUGACAAGUUGGAAAGUCGCUACAGGAAGGGAGUUUUUGGUGCUGCAGUAUCUGAAGCGGAAGGAGUUGAGAAAAAUGAACAGAAAGGGAAGGUAUCUCCAUUUGAAGAGGAUAAAAGCAGAGAAUCAAAACCAAGUGAAAAUGAUGACCUGACAAAAACAAAUGGAAUGGUGCUCCCAAAUGGACUAGAUGCAGACUGCAAAGAUUUUAACAGGUUACCUGGAAGUCGACAGGGUUCUCCAACAGAAGGAACAGAAUGCUUGGGUCCGGGUCAGAUACAUUCUGACAUAAUGACUUCACAUACAAAUUCUUCUGGCAACAAGCAAAGUGCUGAUGAGUUUCAGAACACCGAAGCACAAAAUGUGGACACCAUUGAACAAGCUGGCAUUGAGUCUUUACAGUUUGAUUAUCCAGGAAACCAAAUGCAAAUGGAUUCAUCAGGGGCAGCCAUGGGACUCUUCGACUACAACUCCCAGCAACAGAUUUUUCAGAGGCAGAAUGCAUUAACUGUUCAACAGCUGACAGCAGCUCAACAGCAGCAGUAUGCCCUUGCUGCAGCAGCAGCCCAACAGCAGCAUAUAGCAGGUGUAUUUUCAGCAGGCCUUGCUCCAGCUGCUUUUGUGCCAAAUCCAUACAUAAUUGGUACAGCCCCACCUGGAACUGACCCUUAUACUGCAGCUGGGAUUGCAGCAGCAGCUACUUUAGCAGGUCCUACUGUUGUCCCCCCUCAAUAUUAUGGUGUACCUUGGGGUGUUUAUCCAGCAAAUCUAUUCCAACAACAAGCUGCAGCAGCUGCCAAUAACUCCAGUAAUCAGCAGGCAACUAACCAAGGACAAAGUCAGCAACAGGUUUUGCGCACCAGUGGAAACCAGAGAUCCCUAACUCCUAAUCAAAGUCAGCAAAACCAACAAGCUGAAUCUUUAGCAGCUGCAAAUCCAACCCUUGCCUUCAGCCAAGGACUUGCCACAGGGAUUCCAGGAUAUCAGGUUUUGGCCCCUGCAGCCUAUUACGAUCAAACUGGUGCUUUAGUUGUUGGUCCUGGAGGCCGAAGUGGUCUGAGUGGUCCUGUUAGACUAGUGGCUUCUACACCAUUAAUAAUUGGCCCUGCAGCAGCACAAGCUGCUGCAGCAUCAGCAACUGGAGCAGCAAACACUUUAGGAGGAGCCACCAAUGGUCUCUUCCGGCCUGUAAGCUCUCAGCCUCAGCAGCAGCAGCAGCCACCACAGCCACCUCCACCUAACAGCAAUCUACAAUCUACUUCUUUCUAUGGUAGUGGCUCUCUAUCUAAUAACUCACACAGUAGCUCAUUAUUCUCCCAUGGCCCUGGACAGCCAGGAAGUACUUCUCUUGGUUUUGGAAGUAGUACUUCUCUUGGAACGACAAUUGGUUCUGCUUUAGGAAAUUUUGGGUCAACAGCUACAAAUUCUGCAAGCAACAGUGUCUCUCGCAGGGAUUCAGUGUCUGCCAAUUCUGAAAUGUACAAGAGACCUAGUAGCAGUUUAGCUCCAAUUGGACAACCAUUUUUCAACAGUUUGGGCUUCUCCUCCUCCCCAAGUCCAAUCGGCAUGUCUCUUCCCAAUCAAAAUCCAGGACACUCAUUAACUCCACCACCAUCUCUUUCAUCUCAUGGAUCUUCUUCAAGCUUGCAUCUUGGAGGUCUGACAAAUGGAAGUGGUCGCUAUAUCUCUGCUGCACCUGGAGCUGAAGCAAAAUACCGUAGUGCAAGCAGUACUUCCAGCUUAUUUAGCUCCAAUAGUCAGCUGUUUCCUCCCUCCAGACUCCGCUACAGUAGGUCAGACAUCAUGCCUUCUGGACGUAGCAGACUCUUGGAGGAUUUCAGAAAUAAUCGUUUUCCCAACCUUCAGCUCAGAGAUCUUAUUGGUCAUAUAGUGGAGUUUUCUCAAGACCAGCAUGGAUCAAGAUUUAUUCAGCAAAAGUUGGAGCGAGCCACCCCAGCAGAAAGGCAAAUGGUGUUCAGUGAAAUUUUGCAAGCUGCCUAUCAGUUGAUGACUGAUGUUUUUGGAAAUUAUGUAAUACAAAAGUUUUUUGAGUUUGGUAGCCAAGAUCAGAAGUUCGCUUUAGCUACAAGGAUCAGAGGCCAUGUUUUACCCCUCGCCCUUCAAAUGUAUGGCUGUCGCGUUAUUCAGAAAGCCCUGGAGUCAAUUUCAACAGACCAGCAGGUAAUUUCUUUCCUUCUCCAGAAUGAAAUGGUUAAGGAACUUGAUGGACAUGUCUUGAAGUGUGUUAAAGACCAAAAUGGAAAUCAUGUUGUUCAAAAGUGUAUUGAAUGUGUCCAGCCUCAGGCUCUGCAGUUCAUUAUUGAUGCUUUCAAGGCUCAGGUUUUUGUGCUUUCAACCCACCCAUAUGGAUGUCGUGUGAUUCAGCGUAUAUUAGAACAUUGUACAGCUGAGCAAACACAGCCAAUUCUAGAUGAACUUCAUCAGCACACUGAGCAACUGGUACAGGAUCAGUAUGGAAAUUAUGUUAUUCAACAUGUUUUGGAACAUGGGCGCUCUGAAGACAAAAGCAAGAUAAUUGGUGAAAUCAGAGGGAAAGUUUUAGCCUUGAGUCAGCAUAAAUUUGCCAGCAAUGUAGUAGAGAAAUGUGUCACCCACUCCUCUCGAGCAGAAAGGGCUUUGCUAAUUGAUGAAGUCUGCUGUCAGAAUGAUGGUCCUCACAGUGCCUUAUAUUCAAUGAUGAAAGACCAGUAUGCUAACUAUGUAGUGCAAAAGAUGAUUGAUAUGGCAGAACCAGCUCAGCGCAAAAUCAUCAUGCAUAAGAUACGGCCCCACAUUGCAACACUGAGAAAAUACACAUAUGGAAAGCACAUCUUGGCUAAACUGGAGAAGUAUUACAUGAAGAACAGCACAGAUCUGGGGCCAAUAGGAGGACCAGCAAAUGGUUUGAUGUAGAAUUUAAGGGUGGGAAAAACAUAUCCUGGCAUUUUUAUGAAGUAACUCAAGCAAGUACCAAAAUAGCAACUUAACCCUAAUGUACCGUUUUUACAUUAACUCAUGUAUUCAUUUAAAAAAUAUACAGUAUAUUUUUUUCUUUGCAUACUACCAGCAAUUUAUCAAUCUGCAAUGAUGGGUAAAGCAGAGAGACUGUGUGUAUAUGAUGUAAUGGUAAGAAACAAGUUGUCAAAUAUUUUGUAAAUUUUUACCUUGUAAAUUCUUUGUAAAAAUAAUUUUAAAUAAAAAAUGUAUAUUGUUACACUAAUCCAGCUUGUAUCAUUGAUAAACCUGCUGGUAUACUUGCACAUCAUAUGCACUGUCCUCAAAUUUACAUCUUUUUCAGUUUAACUUUAAAAAAAAAAAAAAAAACUUUCCAUAUUUGUUUGUACAAAGAGUAUCAGUUUAAGUUGCAUUUUGGUACAGCAGAUACUCAGAUUUCAUAGAGAAAUGAUAAUUCCAGCGUUUUACAUUUGAUUACUAUAACAAUAGUCUGGUUUUCAUUUAUUUACAGUAAUCCUUUCCUGUUCUGCUGGUUCCAGAAAAAAGUUUAUAUUCAUUAAAUAUAAUGGUGCAACUUUUAUUAACAAUAAGUAACAGUAAAAUCACGUUACUGCAAUAUAAAAUGUCAACAAACUUGUAACUUUUUUAACAAAAUUUUCAAUAUUUUAGCAGUUCAGGAGAAGGAACCAUUUUUUGUUCCUAUACAAUUUCAAAGAUAUAAAUUUUUUUCAGGCAUUAUCUUCAAAUUCUGCUGAGGUUAUUUCAUAAAGCCACUGAAGGGUAAAAUGGAGUUGUUUCUUUAUAAUGCAUGCAUGAAAAAUCACAUGUACCUUUUCAUAUAGUGUAUCAUUGUAGGUGAUUAUAUAUAGGAGUAAGCUUAUAAUUUUAAUAAACAGCACAACUAUACAUAGUUUCAUUGUUUCACGUGUAUGUGAUGCUUAAUCUGCUUGUACAUUUGUACAUACGUAAUCCUUUAUGCUGUAAAUGUAAUGUGUUUUAGCCUGUGUAAAGAAAGCAAAAAAAAACUUUGCAUUUUAGCAUAUAUUGACAACCUUUCACUGGUUUCCAGCAGUCUUGUAAAAUGUAAAUUUAUUUCUUUGUAUCAAGAUUUUUUUAUUUGGGCUUAAAACAUAUAAUUCUGUAUUCUUUUUAAUUGUUUGAAAAUAUAGUUUUGUUUAUACCUGUAGAUGUUCAAAUAUUGUCAUUGUAAUUUUUUUAUUAAUUAAAUGACUUGAAUGCUGUAUUUAGAUUUGAUAGACUGGAUACGUUUAACUACCAUGGAAACAUUACAAUUUCAAAGUUUUGUGACAGGAUUUUUUCUUUGUAAAGUACUGUAUUUUGAAAAUGUGUACUAAAUUGUAAGUGAAAUUAUGUAUGAUAUUGUCAAUUUUUAAUUUAAACAUGGUUUGUAACACUAAAAGAUGAUGUACUGUACAUAAGGCCAUCCUUAAAUGUACAUUGAUCUGUAUAUUACUUUUCUUUUUUUUUUUUCCACUUUUUAUUUCCCUUAUUUGCAGGCAAAAAGGAGCCAACAUGUAUAAUUAAAAGAAUAAUUUGUAAUAUUUUUGCCUCAAUGUAUUUUGAAAAGGAGAAAUCUUUGUAUAGUCAAUUUUGGAAAGAAUAUGAGUGUGCUUUUUACAAGCUCUUGUGUAAAUUACUAAAACUUAAUGUGAUUGGGGUGUCUGAGUUUUUUUGCAUGGAUAAGUUGAAAUGUUUUAUUAGGGCUGUGCAAAGCAGAAAUUAUUAAGAAAAAGGAAUUUUUAGCUUUAUAAAGUUAUAUUUUUUUAGCGUUCAGCCUUACACAUAUUUCAGUUUUAGAAACCCAUCAUCUGAAACCUCAUUUAAGAAAGAAAAAUCCUGAAAUGGUAUCACAUUUUGCAAUCUUUCUUCAGUACUAAAUGUUGUUUGAGUUGUAGCAUUCGUUUCCAUGUCAUCAGUUUAUUUGCUUCACAAAAGAAGAAUGACUUUUAUUUAUUGAUUUUUUUCUUUAGAUUUUUCCAACAUAAAAAGAAAUACCUUAUUGAAAGAAGGAAGUCCAUUUAUAGCAAAACCACUAAGUUUUUUGACAUUUCCUUUUUUUGGAUAAAUGGACAGUUUUUUGAUUUUUGGUCAUUUCUGCUUCCAGCCACUUCCACAGUUCUGAUGGGAGUAUUGUCUUUUCAUUUAUAUGUAUAUGCUGUAUAAAUUAAAAAUGUGAAUUAACAUUGAAUGAAA